UUCUUGUAUUUUCCUCUAUAUCCCCACAACUUACUCAGUGGCUCAGGCUGAAGUUUGCGUUCAUUCUAGUAAUCUACUUCAUUUAGUGAUAGAUAAAUAAACAAAAGCAGUCCUGGGUCAGAAGUGCUCCAGUGGGGCCGAGGCAGACGUGUGACCCUCCUGAAGGAAUGUACCAGCAGCCCAGGCUCCUCGGCUGAACUUCUAUUCAAGAAUGAAGAUGAAGUGGCAUUUUCCCCCCCCCACAAAUAAACUGAAUUGGCUCCCAUCAUACUUAAGCUAAAGAAAAUUUUAGAGGCUGUCCUUAUGAAAGAAGGAUCUUGAACUUGGGAGGAAAGACUGAGGAUGCAAGAGAGAAUGACUCAAGAAUGAACAACCCGCCAGAAAAUGGUAAACCGUCCAUGGAGAGUGGAGACAGCAGCACGGGCACACAAACGAAUGGUCUGGACUUUCAGAAGCAGCCUGUGCCUAUUGGAGGAGCAAUCUCAACAGCCCAGGCCCAGGCUUUCUUCGGACAUCUCCACCAGGUCCAGCUCGCAGGAACAAGUGUGCAGGCUGCUCAGUCUUUAAAUGUACAGUCUAAAUCUAAUGAAGAAUCGGGGGAUUCCCAGCAGCCAAACCAGCCUUCCCAGCAGCCUUCAGUGCAGGCAGCCAUCCCGCAGACCCAGCUCAUGCUGGCUGGAGGGCAGAUAACCGGGCUCGCUUUGACGCCAGCCCAGCAGCAGUUGCUCCUGCAACAGGCACAGGCACAGGCACAGCUGCUGGCGGCUGCGGUGCAGCAGCACUCCGCCAGCCAACAGCACAGCGCUGCUGGGGCCACCAUCUCUGCCUCCGCUGCCACACCCAUGACGCAGAUCCCGCUGUCUCAGCCCAUACAGAUCGCACAGGAUCUGCAACAGCUACAGCAACUUCAGCAGCAGAAUCUCAACCUGCAGCAGUUCGUGCUGGUACAUCCAACCACCAACCUGCAGCCAGCACAGUUCAUCAUCUCACAGACGCCGCAGGGCCAGCAGGGUCUCCUGCAAGCGCAAAAUCUUCUAACGCAACUACCUCAGCAAAGCCAAGCCAACCUCCUACAGUCGCAGCCAAGCAUCACCCUCACCUCCCAGCCAGCAACCCCAACACGCACAAUAGCUGCAACCCCAAUUCAGACACUUCCACAGAGCCAGGCAACACCAAAGCGAAUCGACACUCCCAGCUUGGAGGAGCCCAGUGAUCUUGAGGAGCUUGAGCAGUUUGCCAAGACCUUCAAACAAAGACGAAUCAAACUUGGAUUCACUCAGGGUGAUGUUGGGCUCGCGAUGGGUAAACUGUAUGGAAAUGACUUCAGCCAAACUACCAUCUCUCGCUUUGAAGCCUUGAACCUCAGCUUUAAGAACAUGUGCAAGUUAAAGCCACUUUUGGAGAAGUGGCUCAAUGAUGCAGAGAACCUCUCAUCGGAUUCAGCUCUCUCCAGCCCAAGUGCCCUGAAUUCUCCAGGGCAGGGAAUCGAGGGCUUGAACCGUAGGAGGAAGAAACGCACCAGCAUAGAGACCAACAUCCGUGUGGCCUUAGAGAAGAGUUUCCUGGAGAAUCAAAAGCCUACCUCGGAAGAGAUCACCAUGAUUGCUGAGCAGCUCAACAUGGAGAAGGAGGUGAUUCGAGUUUGGUUUUGUAACCGCCGGCAAAAGGAAAAGAGGAUCAACCCACCCAGCAGUGGUGGGACCAGCAGCUCCCCUAUCAAAGCAAUUUUCCCCAGCCCGACCUCCCUGGUGGCGACCACGCCAAGCCUUGUGACCAGCAGUGCAGCAACUACCCUUACAGUCAACCCAGUCCUCCCUCUAACCAGCGCUGCAGUAACCAACCUCUCUGUUACAGGCACUACAGACACCACCGCCAACAACACUGCAACCGUGAUUUCCACCGCGCCUCCCGCCUCCUCGGCAGUCACGUCCCCCUCGCUGAGCCCCUCCCCGACUGCCUCAGCCUCCACUUCUGAGGCCUCGAGUGCUAGUGAGACCAGCACAACACAGACCACCUCCACUCCUCUGCCCUCUCCUCUCGGGACCAGCCAGGUGAUGGUGACGGCGUCAGGGCUGCAAACAGCGGCCGCGGCCGCCCUCCAAGGAGCUGCACAGUUGCCGGCGAACGCCAGUCUCGCUGCCAUGGCUGCCGCUGCAGGACUGAGCCCUGGCCUGAUGGCGCCGUCUCAGUUCGCAGCUGGAGGUGCCUUACUCAGUCUCAACCCAGGGACCCUGGGCAGUGCUCUCAGCCCAGCUCUGAUGAGCAACAGCACACUGGCAACCAUUCAAGCUCUUGCUUCUAGUGGCUCUCUUCCAAUAACAUCACUGGAUGCAACUGGGAACCUGGUGUUUGCCAAUGCGGGAGGAGCCCCCAACAUCGUGACCGCCCCUCUGUUCCUGAACCCCCAGAACCUCUCUCUGCUCACCAGCAACCCGGUUAGCCUGGUCUCUGCCGCCGCAGCCUCCACGGGGAACUCUGGGCCUGUCGCCAGCCUUCAUGCCACCUCCACCUCCGCUGAGUCCAUCCAGAACGCGCUCUUCACAGUGGCCUCCGCCAGUGGGGCUGCUUCCACCACCACCACCGCCUCCAAGGCGCAGUGAGUGCCGCCGCCUCUUCCAGCGCAGCGCCAGCGGGCAGCCCGCGGGCGACCGCAGGGGCCCUGGCUCCCUCUUGCCACGGUGUGAGGCAGAGGAGAAGAGAGCAGGAGAGACACGUGCCGGAAAGAAAGGAUGGAGACCGGACAUCAUUUGCCUAAUUUUAUAAUAAAACACUCUCUUUUCAGGAUUGCUUCAUGGAUUGGACAACUUUCUAACCAAAAUUAAAAAAAAAAAAACAAAAAAAAAAACAGAAACAAAAUAUCAAAAACAAACAAAAAAUAAGUGAAAGGACUACUCAUCAUUUCCAGCGGUCACAGUGGCAGUCAAGGUGGGUUACCAAUUCUAAUAUGGGUAGGAAGGGGAUUUCUUGUUUGUCUAAAGUCCUUUUUUUCUUAAAAAAAAUCAUUUUUAUGGGUCUGUUGUACAGGCCACUAAGUCAUAACAAGGUGUUUAUAAUCGUAUCAAUUGUGUUGGGGGUUCCUUUCUUAACUGGUACAAUUUAGGCAGGCCCGCGUUACUGUAUCUGUUGUUGUUGUUGUCAUGUUUUAUAUAUAUUUGGUUUGGUGUCUCGCUCCUGGAUCCUGCUUCAGUGAGCUCCCACGGUGGGGAGGGGUCGGGAACUCCCGUCCUUCGCUGCGAAUGUCCUUGCUGGGCUCCUUACCCUUGACACUCACAGAGGUCCUAGGAAAUGGUUUUCUGUUGCCACUUAUGCAAGAGGCUUGGUGCAGAAGCUGAGGGCAGCGUGCGCAGACGCUCCCACUCCACACGCCCCAUCAGGUGGUGCCUUUGGAGCACUUUGUGUAGGAAGGAAUUCCUGCUGGACUGUAGCUCUCACUCCGACCUUGAAUGACCCGAGGCUGGGUCCCGGGGUGCGCCAGCACCGCUCCUUGCCUCCCAUGGGGCCGUGCGUGUUGCAGGCGGGACUUGGCUCCGAGAGCAAAGACUACUGCAGACACCUGCCUGGGUGGUUCUCGUGACUCUGAUCUCCUGAAAAUGCUCCUAUUGUUGCUGUGUGUGUGUGUAUGUCUGUUCCAUUGUGCGGAAGGUUUUCAUCCGAACUUCCUUCAACUUAGCAAAGAACAAAUUUACCUGUUGGGAAUGGGAUGUUUCCCUCCUGUUCUCUAAAGGAGCCCUGCUAGACUGCUCCCGUCGGUGACUGAACUCCAGCAGGGGGAUGAGAAGAGUCUGAGGUUACACCUUCUCUAGCCAAGGCUUCCUUUCCUCCAGGUGGCUCUCACCCGCCACCCCAAGACCGGCCUUGUCCCCGGUGGGGAAGGCACACACCAGCUUCGUGGGUCUGAGAGCGUGAGGCCUGAGCAGGACCUGCAUGCACCUCAUCAGGUGUCUCCGGGCUGGUUAGUGAUGCUCCUGGGAGUCAGGUCAGUGGCGGUGGUAGCUGUACUUGGGGAGGGAGGAGUUCCAGCAUGUGUGCAGUGUUUCUGGACUGUGUAAAUGAGCCCGAGAAGUAGUGAGGAACGAGGUGACUGGGAAAUGGGAUCCCCUUUUCGUUAUGGUAGUAUCUAUACCGAACCCCUGGACUGAUCCCUGCAAGUGCGCUCCUGCGCCCGCCGCCCGCCUGACUGAGGGCGAGGGCCGCCGCUGGCUGUCCCAGGUGCCUGCUGGCCUCGCUUCCCAGCUGCACUGCCCCUCCGAGCUCGUCUUCGUGCUCGGCUUGUGUGGAGGGAGCGUGGUUCUGUGGCUCACGUCUCCGCGGCUUCGGGAAAGGUCGUGCUUUUCUGUUUGUGGUCGUCCGGUGGGAGACAGGCACAUUAAUGUUAAAAGGCCAGAAACAUUUCGUCCCCUCAUUGAUUUUUCUUUUGUUCCAUCUGUCUUCCUGUUUUAUUUCACAAAGUAUUUAAUUCCCACCCUUGGUGUUCUCUCCUCACCCUUCCCCUUCCCCAAAAUCCCUCCAAAAUCAGUGAACUGCAAGCAGGGAAACUAACAAAUGUCCACCCACCUUUUUUAUGUGUGGUGUUUUUUUAUGUUGUUGUUUUUUUAACUAAGCUUGAACCAAAGUCAAUUUUUAGCAAGCUGCUGUACUAAAGGACUAGUUUUAUCGUGCGGUUCAGACACAUUGAGGAGUUAGAUGCUACUGACAAUUUCUUUUUCAUUGUCUUUAAUAAUUUUAUAUAAAAGUUGCUGCUUCUUUUAAUCUUUUAUGUUGAUAAAUUGUACUAUCCUCUGGGCAGAUAUGAACUUGAUUUUUAACUAGUUUAUUUAGUUUGGUAUGUAAAUAGAAUGGCAGUGUCGGUGACUAACUUUUCUCUCUGCCCCUCAAGUUCUCUGAUGUAGUUAAAUUUAGUCUUUUAUUCUGACUUGAUAUCUCUAACUUUAGUCUGUGCUAAUGAUUGUAGGACUAUCAAUAAUACUGCAGCUGCCAUGGGGAUGGGUAGUGCCCUGGGGAGUGGCUGGUGCCAGGCAAGAUUCAGGGAGGUGAGUGCUGAUACCCACCUUGCUGGGCUAGAGGCUAUAGCAUUAAUUUCCCAAAAUGACUACCAAAGCAAGCGACAAGUCCCAAGAACUCCAGCCCAGUGGCUAACAGCAAGGGCCAGGACAGACUGAGUUUGUUUGUUUCCCAUGUGGCUCCAGAGAUGCUCCCUCCCCCAGGUAAGACUCGCCAAUAGAUUUUAAUGUGUAAAAGGAUACUAAACGUUCAAGCCGGUGUGAUGGUCUUCAUUCCCAGCCCUGUCUGUAUCCUCUGGUUCAGUUUAGGAUAAGGGAAUUUUGCCUGGGGAUCACUUUAUAUUAAACCAGCAUAAAAACCUGUAUUUAAAAGAAAUAAAUCUUUAGACAAGUAAAAACAGCUUGCGAAAUGAAAGGUACAUUUACAUAUGUACGAGAAACACUAAAACAGCUUGCUGGUUGGGUAGCUUAACUAGACCCCAGGCCCCAUCCCUAGGAACCCCGCUGACCAUACUGCUUCGGGCACAGCCUGCAGUCCUUUGUCAUCUUUAUCAUCCCCAGAGAUACUUUUGAGUUGGGAGUCUCUGGAGCUGGGUACUCAGAUGUAGCUAGCAGACUCCUGUGUGGGAGUCUGGAAUUAAGAGGGGCAAUUGAUCAAAAAGAGGUGCUGGGUCGAGUUCCUGCAUUUCUAAGGGGAAGGGCCAGACAGGUCUUCCCGACUCAUUGUGUCAGUCUUCUUUUUCCCUUAAUGUUUAUGCAAGUUUUACUUCACCCCUGAAUUUGCUUAACACAUUAAACCAAAGACUAAUUCUAAUGCAUUGCAAUUAGUGUGUACUAAUUUGCCUAUGGCGAUGGGCCCUUCCGAGGGAGUGGUGAGUGUAACUGUUGGAACCCUACUCAUUGCAAGCAGUGCAGUUUGAUCGUGAACUUGAUGUGUGCCCUGUGUAAAUCUGGGGGACAAAGCAGAAAGGCCUAGAAAAAGGGCUUCUCACAGGAACCCUGUUGUUGUCCCUGAUUGAAGAAAUAGGUUGAGUACUAUUUUAGUUUAAAUGUUUCUGAAGGUAUGGAGGCAGCUCUGGAGAAUUAUGUAAAUAGUGCAGUCCAUUAUGUGAUGUCACACACUUCCUGUAUUUGUUUGAUAAGGAAGAUCAAUACCGUCCCCAUUCUUGUCAGAGAGAUGGGACCAUAGGACUGGCUACUGUUCUGUGUAGGACCACACCUGUUUGUACUUCAUGGCAGAGUAUUAGAGGGUUUUUUUUUUAGAAAGGAAAAUAAGAUUAGUUAAAAGGCUUUUAGUGAGAUUUUUUUUUAAACCAUUUGUUCCACAUAAUUCUUUCAUUUUUGGGGGGGAAAGCACAAUUAUACCUCUUUUAUUUUUAAUGUUAUUUUGUCCUAUUAUCUUUCAUUUAUUUGCGAAAGUAGGGGAACCUUGUCUCCGUUAUCCAGAAGCACAGAUAUUUGCUUGACACAAUAUUUAAAUUCAGCCCAAUCUUUACCAUUAAAUUUUGUAUUUAAAUUACUACAUUUACAAAUAUGGGAGCUUAAUGUCAACUUUUAUCAUUAUAAAUCAUAAUAGUAAACAUUGCAAUUAGUCUGUACUAAACAUGUGGCUUACAGGAGACACUCAUUGUAGUUCAUAGUCUAAAGUUGUUCCCAAGCCACGUCCUCCUAACAAAACUUUCUUCGCGGAGAAAAAAGUAAAAUCGGUGAGACAGGAAGAAAAGAGGGCAGUGUUACAGGAGAGGCAGGGCCAGGCCACCUGGCUGGGCGAGCAGUGGGGCCUGGCACCCCCGCGCCACUUGUGAGCCUUCAGUUACAGAUAGCCCGGCAUGUUUAUCAGAGCUGAAAACUUUAAAAGACCAAAGAUCUGGAAUUUCAACUUAUUCCAAUGGGAUGAAUUGGUGGGUUAAUUUGGUCACAAGCAAUUAUGAGUCUGCUGGCCCUGGCCUUUGUGGGGCCCUUUUCAGUCUCGGACGUUGUGAGGAUAACACUGUAAAGUGGUAAGUCUUCCCCAGCAGCCCCUGCUUGGAGAAUGAGGAAACCCUCCUGAACCAGGAAUCGCUAAGGCAGCUUUCGGAGGUGGCGUGCACCCGGGGGCGUGGACAGGGCAAGGCCGAGGCAGGUCCCGUUCUGCUCAUUCUUUCUUACUCCAGAGAGUGAAUGGGACGCGAGACUCCCAGGGAGAGAGUGGGAGGCUCGGAGGGCAGGGCUUUUGUGAGUUGUUCAGAUGUCCACGUGGUCCGGGAGCUGCUGCUGCUCCGACCAGCCUCACGGUGAGCAGGCCGUCCUGACUCUGCCUCGGCUUGGCCCAGCGCAGGAGCCAUGGGUGCUGUGCGACUGGAACCUGGAUCUCCUUUGCUCCCUUCUCCCUUUGAAUGGCGACACCUUAAUCCGUGAGGGUAAUGCUGGAGGGUUACGGUGGCUACUAGCCCCUUCAUGAAAUACCUCAGUGUAGUUUAGCGUUGUUGCAGAGCUGGUUUUAAACUAAAAACCAAAUAAAUAAAAAGAAAAACUUUAUAAAUAUGGAAAUAAUUCUAGCUGUAGCAUUUAGUUAACUGAUGUUUAUUAAGAUUGAUAAACAUGAUUAAUGCUGUAUGUGUUGGGAUCCUGUUUAUAGGUUACAGUUUAUAGGGUUGGAGGGGGGUGGGGUGGGGACGAGGAGAAGGUGACUGUGUUAGAAGGAUCGUUGCUCGUGUGUGUUUGUUUUUCCUUCUCUCUCUCUUACCAAAGGAAACCUGAUUGUCCCUGGGACUGGGCUUGGGGUUUGUUGGCCUCUCUGUGGUCUGACCUGCUGGGCAGUGUGUGGAGCAUGCAGGUGGCACAUGGGUUCAAGGUCCCCUUAGGCAUUGACAUCCCUUGCUAAGGCUGCCUGUGCCCCCGAUCAACCCUGCCAGCCUCUCCCAACGGCUCUUACCUCUGUGCGUAGGCGAAGGAUGGCUGUGGGGUGCCGGGUAGAGGUGGCAGAAGUGCCCUGUCCACGUUGAGAGCAGAGCAGAGUGCGUGCGUGGGCCUGGUGACCUGGGCAGGGGAGCGUGAGCAGCCCUGCUUGUCACCUGGGCAUGCUGGACGUGCUGGUAGCACACACUCUCGGACCAAGGUGACUUCUGUCCAGACCAAAAAUGCAAAAGAAGUUGACAGCUGUCCUGCUUGCCUCACACCUCGGUGGCGUGAGGCCGCUGGGGGCUGGCUGGCUGGUGAGAUUGAGGAGUUCCUGUGGGCACGUUGGGGAGAGGGCUGCGCCUUUCUGGUCGUACUGGGGCCGGCUUUCCUGGGCCCCUGAGUCCAGAAUGGGCACUUCUCCGUAAAGGCUGUUUUCCAUGAAUGCCUGUAUCAUGAAACGUUAGUGGGAUCCGGUUUGGAUACCAAAGACACUGUUCCGGCCUUGCUUAUCCUGUUUUAGCCGGCAGAGGGACUGGGAACAAAAAGCUGGAAUUCGGGAAAGCUUCCCCUCCGUCCCUCCCACUUCCUUCGGCGGGCCUGUUGGUCGCCGGCUGUGGAAGAGACUCCUUUAGUCCCAUCGCUGGUCUGUGGGGCGGAUGGGCCACUCGGUGUCGCCGUGACAUUCUUGGAAUCUCUGAGGGCUUGGGGGCUGGGGGGAAGGGGGUAGGGUUCUUUCUUUCCCUUCGUCUAACACCUGUAGCGCCCAUGCAGCUGAGCUCAGGUGAGUGAGAGGUGCUGGCACUGUCCCGCCGCUUGUAGGAGAGAGCGUUUUCAGGAGCAGGUGACGUGGAGAACCGAGACCUUCCUUGAAGCUCUGCCCAUGGCGCCCGUGUCGUGUCGUUCCCAGAUGUUCGCACACAUGAGCUCCUGGGGCUCACUGUUCGGGGUUCUGUUGAUGACCCAGAAAGGGAGGAAGGGCAGGAAGUGUAUUGCUCUCUCACUAUUGCAUCAGAAACUGCCGGGUGCUGGGCUUCUGGCAGUGGUGCUGACAGGAUGUGACAGUGUCAGCCUUGGCUUCACAGAGCGCUAGAUGGCAGGGCCUGGGCGCUGAAGGGAGAGCACUCGAAACAGAGGCUGUGGGAUCAAUGUUAUGGACACCCCUUUGAGUGCAGAAUGGGACUCCCUGGGGCAGGCAGGGUCCCUGAGUCUGCCCACUCGGCCAGGGCUCCAUCACCAUCAGAUAGGUCAGACCCCAAAACUAGUUUCCUGUAGAAAACAUCGUGGUCUGCUGCAAAGCCCCUGGGUGUUCUUAGUUCCUUGCUCACUGCUGUGCUCAUGGCCACCCAGCAGCCGAAGGCUUUCUUCAGACCCUGCAGGCAGCUGGCUGGACACAGUGCUGUUAAUGAGGAUUCCAGAUGCUUCUGUGCAGUCGGGCCUCCUUGGAGGGAAGGACAGAACCAGGCAGAGACGCCCUGUGCUCCCACCUCUCUUAAGUGGGAGCUGCGGACAGGAAAUGUCAGAAGCUCCAGACAGUGUAGCCAGGUCAGUGACCUGCCCAGGCUUAGUGGGCCGCCCGGUGCCACCUGCUGUGUGAGCAUGAGUUCUGCGGCCGGAUUGGAACUGGCCGUUCUGCAAUAUAAGCCUGUCCCGAGGCCAGGUCUGGGAGACAGACGGGCUUCCAGCUUCUGACCUCCGCUCGAGCGGGGCUGUGCGGGCCUGUGCGCACCGCUGGCGCGAGAGGCCCGCUCUCUGCGGAGACGCCCCUCCCACCACAGGUCGCCCACCUGCCCCUUCCUCUGGUGGCUAUAGGCGAGGCCAGUAAGCAAGGGCCUCCCGCCGCAGCCAGGGCGUCCUAUACCUCACUCUUUCGUGACUGAGUAACUUGCUUUAACUUCCUCUAAACCUUACAGAGUUGCCAAGUCUGCCCUCCCUCCCGUGAGUCAUGCCGAGCUCUGGCCUAUAGCAUCGCAGGAUCUGGGGCCGGGGUGGGCCCACCUAGCGCCUCUGAAUGUCGCUGCUUGAAAGCUACUGCAAGAGAGGGCAAAUUGCAAUCUUCUGUUUCUUUUGUUGCAAGAGGUCUUCACAGGUGAGGGGCCCACUCCCCCCACCUGCCUUUAGGGGCUGGCCAGCUGUCAGCCCCUUCCCCACCUUUCCGACUGCUGGCCACACGCCAACGCUGUCCUUGCCUUUCCCUGGCGGAGGAGGCCCCCUUCCCUCCAGGCCUCGGCUCCGCUGGCUUCGGGACUUUGGGUGGAAGGGAAAACACCAAAGAGGCCCCUUUGCGCUGACUGCUGCACACACAUUUCACUUUUGUUCUCUGACAUGACCAAAAAAUCCAAAUAUUUAAGUUAUUAUUAUUAUUAGUUGACAAUCUUACGUCCCAUGUCCCGUGGGCUCUCAGAAGCUGCCCCCAACCCGUUUCCUUUUCUUUGAAUGUAGUUCCAUCCAGCCUCAGUCCCCACUCCGCCCGGGAGCUCCGCCAGGUCUUCCUCUGCGAUACGCCAGGGAGGGUGGUUUCUUUGUUUGGUUUUGUUUUGCUUUUUAAAUUUCCAACCAAAACCAAAGAUUUCUUAGUGAUUGUAUAAACUCAAAACAAACAAAAAACCAAAGAAAAGGGCAGUCUUCAGCGCGACCCAGUCUGUGGCGUCCUGGCUGGCAGAGCACGCCGGGCGGUGGGGCUCCGGCCGCGGAGGGCAGGCCGUGCCUUCCGCGUGGGCUGCCCCGGGGCGCUGGGCCUGGAGCCCGGCCCUGCCGCUGUGAGCGCACCGGGGAGCGCGGAGGCGGCAGAUUCUUCAGAACAGCGGACAGACCCACCGCCACGCCAGUCCGCCCACAGCGCCACGGCCCGGCCAGGCGGGGCUGAGCCCAGGACUCCACAGAGUGGGGAGCUGAGGACCCUGGCGCAGGACUGGCUGCUCUGCUGGGUGCUAGCCUCUGGGCCGCGCUGAGCACGCCCGGCCCUUGGGAGCCUUCUUUCCCUUUUUCUUUCCCGGGGCUGCGGGAAGCCGCUGUCCCUCCCCCGCGGAGCGUGCAGAGCGCUGUGACCUCCCACUCCCGCUGUGGCUGUCCCCUCCCGCGGCUGCAACUAUGCAUCGUGUCUCCCCCGUGCUAGGUAGAUGCCUGUGACUUUUUACCGGGGGGCGGGGUUGCAAAUGAAGGAACUUUUUACACGGAUCUUUUUAAUCUCAGCUUGGGGGGGUGGGGUGGGGAGGGUCCUAGGGUCAUACAAGCUCUAUCCCAAAGCAAAACCCAAAUGUUAGUAACCUUAGGCUGACGCAGAUACCAAAGAGAAUCCGCCCUGCACCACAGACUGCGGAGUGCGGCACCGCGCCCGCGUUCGUCUAACCUCAGCAGUUCCAAAGCGUAGAUGUAUAUUUUGGUAUAUUUCUGGGAUAUUAAAAAAAAUGUUGUUUAACUUCUCGUUUGUUUCCGUGUAAAGUCAUAGCAUGAAAAUAACUGAACUGUCCUAUUCUUAGUAGUUUGAAAUAAUAGUAUUUUUGUAUGUUCGGGUGUGUCUCUGUAUGUAUUGACAUCAGUUUUCACUGCCUCGGAGUUCCUAAUAAAAGAAAUGAAAUGCUCUGGUGUACGUGCUGUCCAAUAGUGAGCGCCCACCGUUCCUUCGGAGUGCUUUUCGCUGGUGACCCGCCCUCUGGGGCUUUGUUUUCUUUUAAAGAGACAGCAAUCGUGUUUUUCUAAAGAUGGUUUCUUUCUCUCUGUCUUAACUCCCUCACCUUCUUUUCUUUUCUUUUUUUUAAAUAUUGAUUCAGGGGUGUUUUUCCACUGUUGUCCAGGGAGGGACACGAGGGGAAAUUGGCCCCUUGGCCUCCCACACAUUUUUGUUUUAUGUGCCUAACUUUAAAAUGUGAGUUUGAGUUCUCUUUUGUGGAAACUUAAGAUGUGGUGUAUGAUUCUUUCCAACAUGGCCCCGCAGCUCUACGAGGCAGCGGCCACUCCUGGGGAGCCACGGGACCUCUUCCGCGUCUCUGGCAGCUUUGCGAUCUGGGUGGCUAUUGUGUAGCCCCACUGCCCCAGACGCUGGGUAGCCAGCCCCCCAGGGAUAGUCCAUAAGAAUCAGCUGAUAACAUGGCAUGGGGACCUUGUUUUCCGGGCUCCGGGGAACAAGCGACUAUGCAUUUGGGGGGAUUCGCUGAUGCCUCCCGAGGCCCGAGGAGUCAGGGGACGUAAGUGGUGCUGUCUCCUUACAAGUGCCCUUCCUGUGACCCUCCUGGGCCGCCCGCGGGCUGUGGGCUUGGGAGAGGCUGUGUGGGUGGCUGAGUCAGAAGGAAAUGCUAGGUUUUGUGUAGAUGCAUUUGUCUGCUGUAACUUUUUAUAUAUAUAUUAAACUUAACUGUAAGUGUACAGUUCAUUUCUGUUGUAAAACAUCAUUAAACCAUUUUUCCAAGUG